GAGAAGCGCCCGCGGGACCCACAGCGAUGACACAGGAUAUGCCCAAGCCCACCCGGGCCGCCCGCCACUGCUCAGGCCUGGCCCGGCGGGUGCUGACUAUCACCUUCGCGCUGCUCAUCUUGGGCCUCAUGACCUGGGCCUACGCCGCCGGGGUGCCGCUGGCCUCCGAUCGCUACGGCCUCCUGGCCUUCGGUCUCUACGGGGCCUUCCUCUCCGCGCACCUGGUGGCGCAGAGCCUCUUCGCGUACCUGGAGCACCGGCGGGUGGCGUCGGCGGCGCGGCGGGCGGCGGCGCGGGGGCCCCUGGACGCAGCGGCGGCACGCAGCGUGGCGCUGACCAUCUCGGCCUACCAGGAGGACCCGGCGUACCUGCGCCAGUGCCUGGCGUCCGCGCGCGCCCUGCAGUACCCGCGCGCGCGGCUGCGCGUCCUCAUGGUGGUGGACGGCAACCGCGCCGAGGACCUCUACAUGGUGGACAUGUUCCGCGAGGUCUUCGCCGAUGAGGACCCCGCCACCUACGUAUGGGACGGCAACUACCACCAGCCCUGGGAACCCGCGGCGGCGGGCGCUGCAGGUGCGGGCGCCUACCGGGAGGUGGAGGCCGAGGACCCGGGGAGGCUGGCGGUGGAGGCGCUGGUGAGGACGCACAGGUGCGUGUGCGUGGCGCAGCGCUGGGGCGGCAAGCGCGAGGUCAUGUACACGGCCUUCAAGGCACUCGGCGACUCCGUGGACUACGUGCAGGUCUGUGACUCAGACACAAGGCUGGACCCCAUGGCACUGUUGGAGCUGGUGCGGGUGCUGGAUGAAGACCCCCGGGUAGGGGCUGUUGGGGGGGACGUGCGGAUCCUUAACCCGCUGGACUCCUGGGUCAGCUUCCUAAGCAGCCUCCGGUACUGGGUGGCUUUCAACGUGGAGCGGGCUUGUCAGAGCUACUUCCAUUGUGUGUCCUGCAUCAGCGGUCCCCUAGGCCUAUACAGGAACAACCUCCUGCAGCAGUUCCUUGAGGCCUGGUACAACCAGAAGUUCCUGGGCACUCACUGCACCUUCGGGGACGAUCGGCACCUCACCAACCGCAUGCUCAGCAUGGGCUAUGCCACCAAGUACACCUCCCGCUCCCGCUGCUACUCCGAGACUCCCUCGUCCUUCCUGCGCUGGCUGAGCCAGCAGACGCGCUGGUCCAAGUCCUACUUCCGAGAGUGGCUCUACAACGCGCUCUGGUGGCACCGGCACCAUGCGUGGAUGACAUACGAGGCGGUGGUCUCGGGCCUCUUCCCCUUCUUUGUGGCGGCCACUGUGCUGCGGCUCUUCUACGCGGGCCGCCCGUGGGCGCUGCUGUGGGUGCUGCUGUGCGUGCAGGGCGUGGCGCUGGCCAAGGCGGCCUUCGCGGCGUGGCUGCGGGGCUGCCCACGCAUGGUGCUGCUCUCGCUCUACGCGCCGCUCUACAUGGGCGGCCUCCUGCCCGCCAAGUUCCUGGCGCUGGCCACCAUGAACCAGAGCGGCUGGGGCACUUCUGGCCGGCGCAAGCUGGCCGCCAACUAUGUCCCCCUGCUGCCGCUGGCCCUCUGGGCCCUGCUGCUGCUCGGCGGCCUGGUCCGUAGCGUGGUACACGAGGCCCGGGCCGACUGGAGCGGCCCUUCCCGCGCGGCCGAGGCGCACCACCUGGCAGCAGGGGCCGGCGCCUAUGUGGGGUACUGGGCGGUCAUGCUGACGCUCUACUGGGUGGGCGUGCGGAGGCUGUGCCGGCGGCGGUCGGGGGGCUACCGGAUCCAGGUGUGAGUCCAGGUGUGCGGGCUGCUCACCCGAGGGACUUCAAGGGAAGUGAGAGGACACCAGCAGGGGCCCCAGGGAGCCACGGACUUGCUGGGUGAUUCUCUGGGCCUCGUUUUCCCUCCUCUGUGAAGCGAGGGGGUCAACCCGAUUCUUCAGCCUGGACUGUUUUGGGGCUGGGACUUCAGGGUCUCUGGGGAGGGGUAUUUAUUGAUCAGGGCGUGGAUUUUUAGGAGUGGGAGGACAAGGGUCCCCACACGCUGUCCUGGGGCCUCCUUCCUCCCUGUUAUUUAAUAUCCAUUUGUACUGUGUGAUUAGGAUGUAAUAAAGAAUUUUAUUUAUUUUCU